GAGUCACUGUUGCUAUGAGAACAGUACAUCAACUUGCAUCUAUCUUCUCUCAACUCCAAACCGUUACCUGCUCGAUAAUUGUCAACAUGGCUCAACUCUGGGGCGGUCGUUUUACGGGCAAAAAUGACCCUAUCAUGGAGGCUUUUAACGCCUCUCUGAAAUUCGACCGACGAAUGUGGCAAGCGGACAUCACCGGGUCCCAAGCAUAUGCGAAAGCACUAGCUCGUGUUGGUAUCUUAACACACGAGGAGCGGGACCAGCUCGUUGAGGGUCUGGAUAAGGUGGGACAAGAGUGGGCUUCGGAUACGUUUGAGGUCAAACCCAGCGACGAAGAUAUCCAUACUGCAAAUGAACGGCGCCUUGGGGAAAUUAUUGGAACGGUAGCAGGCAAGCUACACACAGGACGAAGCCGAAAUGAUCAAGUUGCGACCGACAUGCGGAUAUGGUUACGAGAGCAGGCGACGGCCUUGUUGACUUUCCUAAAAGAUUUGAUCGGCAUUGCCGUAGCGAGGGCGGAAAGAGAAAUUGAUGUGAUUAUGCCUGGGUACACUCACUUACAGCGGGCACAACCCAUCCGAUGGAGUCACUGGUUACUGUCGUACGCAUGGAAUUGGCAUGCCGAUGCGGAGCGCCUUGAACAGUUAAUCAAGCGUAUCAAUAAGCUGCCUUUAGGGAGCGGUGCGUUGGCGGGCAACCCCUUUAAUGUCGACCGCGAAUUUCUUGCGAACGAGUUGGGAUUUGAGGCCGUCAUGCCCAACAGUCUUUACGGUGUGAGCGAUCGAGAUUUCGUGGCCGAGUUCCUUUUUUGGGCCAGUUUGACGAUGGUCCACUUGAGCAGGUGGUCGGAGGACUUGAUCAUCUACAGUUCGGGAGAGUUCGGCUUUGUGUCUUUGGCGGACGCUUACAGUACUGGCAGUAGUUUGAUGCCACAAAAAAAGAACCCGGAUUCUUUGGAACUGAUACGCGGCAAAACAGGUCGCGUCUUUGGUGGGAUGUCCGGUUUUCUCAUGACGCUCAAGGGAUUACCAAGUACCUACAAUAAAGAUUUGCAGGAGGACAAGGAACCUAUGUUCGAUGCCGUGGACACUAUUGGUGCCUGCUUGCAAAUCGCGACUGGUACUCUUACAACGUUAACGAUUAAACCCGAAAAAAUGAAGCAAAGCCUGUCAAUCGAUAUGCUCGCUACGGACGUUGCUGAAUAUCUUGUCCGAAAGGGGGUACCCUUCCGUGAAACACAUCACAUUGCGGGCCGCGCUGUGCGUCUAGCUGAGGACCGCGGAACUCAGAUGGACCAGCUGUCUCUUGACGACUUUAAGCAACUACAUUCCGCUUUCGAAGCGGACGUUAAAGACAUCUGGAAUUUUGAGCAGAGCAUCGACAAUCGCUGCGCUACUGGUGGAACAAGCCGAACCACGGUGGAACAGCAGAUCACCUUCCUGAAGCAAUGGUUAGGCACUUCCGCGUAGCCGCAGUUCCUUGUGUUACAUCCGAAAGUGUGCGCCUGGCACCUUGUGGUUGGACAAUGAAAUAUGACAUUUUGUAGAUUCAUAGCAUGAAAUAUGAGGAUGCACUCCAAAAUAUAUGAGUACAUUGCAACACCAA